GAAGUUAAUUGGGCGUUACGUCGACGCUCUGGAGAUGGAAUGGCAUCCAAACCGGCAAUAAGUAGCCGUUAGGAGCACAUUGUGCCUUUGCCGACACCAGAAAUUUACAGCUCUCUUUUAGUCAAAUCAAUUAAACUCUCUCACCACUUGCGUUUUCUUAUAACGCUCAACCCAUAACUUUCCCUCAGAUUCUCGGCAGCCAAACAGAACGAAAGGGAAAAGAAACUCCGAUUGUGUUUUUGUGAUAUGCUGCCAAAGAUAUAUCACAAUUUAUGAAGGAUUCCAAGCGAAAGCAGCAUUACAAUAGCUUGUAGUUUACUUUUUCCCGGCAAGAGAAUGGGGGAUGGAUGUGUUUGCUUUGAUUGAGCUUCCGAAGCAAUCCGAAGGACUCUCAGAUCUGCAACUCUCUUAAUUAUCUCUCUCCAAAGCUUCGAUUUCUGUUCUUUUGGCGCUCCGACUGUUUCACAAUAGGGCAGAGCUCGCGGUUCUGAGAUCAAGAGAAGGGUGGCAUAUUUUUCCACAAGAUCUAGAUGGCUACACUUGGAGACAUAGGGCUUGCAGCUGCUAUCAAUAUUCUCACUGCAUUUAUUUUCUUAGUGGCAUUUGCCUUUUUACGGCUUCAACCUUUCAAUGACAGGGUAUACUUCCCAAAAUGGUACCUUAAAGGUUUAAGAACAAGCCCUACAAGCUCCGGAGCUUAUGUAUCAAAGUUUGUAAAUUUGGACUUCAAGUCAUAUUUGAGGUUUUUGAAUUGGAUGCCCGACGCACUUAAGAUGCCGGAACCUGAGCUUAUUGAUCAUGCAGGAUUGGAUUCAGCUGUUUAUUUACGGAUUUACUUGAUAGGACUCAAAAUUUUUGUUCCCAUUACAAUACUUGCAUGCGCUGUCCUGGUACCAGUUAACUGGACAAAUAGCACGUUAAGGCUAUCCAAAGUAACUUACAGUGAUAUUGAUAAGCUUUCUAUAUCCAACAUUCCUCUUGGAUCUCAAAGAUUUUGGGCUCACAUUGUUAUGGCCUAUGUGUUCACUUUUUGGACAUGUUAUGUGCUAAGAAAAGAGUAUGAAACAGUUGUAUCAAUGCGGUUGGACUUUCUUGCCUUACAAAAGCGUCGCCCUGAUCAGUUCACGGUCCUUGUAAGAAAUGUACCGCCAGACCCCGAUGAAUCAGUUAGCGAGCUUGUGGAGCACUUUUUCCUCGUCAACCAUCCAGAUCAUUACCUUACUCAGCAGGUUGUGUACAAUGCCAACAAACUUGCAAAAUUGGUCAAGGAGAAGAAGAAAAAGGAAAACUGGCUUGACUAUUACCAGUUAAAGUAUUCUAGGAGUCCGUCAAAACGGCCUAUGAUGAAGACUGGUUUCCUUGGCCUCUGUGGGGAUAAGGUGGAUGGAAUUGAUUUUCAGACAUCUGAAAUCGAGAGACUAUCAAGAGAAAUAGUUGCAGAGCGAGGAAGGAUAAUGGAAAGUCCAGAUUAUAUUGUGCCAGCAGCAUUUGUCUCAUUCAAAACUCGUUGGGGAGCUGCUGUCUGUGCACAAACCCAACAAUCACGAGAUCCAACUAUAUGGUUGACAGAGUGGGCCCCUGAGCCUCGUGAUGUCUAUUGGAACAACCUGGCUAUCCCUUAUGUUUCACUGACAAUUAGGAGGCUUAUAAUUGCUGUUGCCUUCUUUUUCCUCACAUUCUUCUUCAUGAUCCCAAUCACAUUUGUACAAUCCCUUGCAAACAUUGAAGGUAUCGAAAAAUCAGCACCAUUCUUGAGGGCUAUCAUUGACACAUCUUUCAUUAAGUCAUUCAUCCAAGGUGUUUUACCUGGGAUUGCUUUGAAGAUUUUUCUCAUUGUGCUGCCAAGUAUACUGAUGUUCAUGUCUAAGGUUGAAGGCUUUAUAAGUAUAUCAUCUUUGGAGAGGAGAUCUGCAUCUAGAUAUUACAUUUUCAACUUUGUGAAUGUAUUCCUUGGGAGCAUAAUUGCAGGAACUGCAUUUGAGCAACUACAUACGUUUAUUAAUCAGUCAGCAAAUGAGAUCCCUAAAACCAUUGGUGUAUCAAUUCCAAUGAAAGCAACUUUCUUCAUAACCUACAUAAUGGUUGAUGGAUGGGCUGGUGUUGCUGGGGAGAUCUUAAGGUUGAAACCACUUAUUUUCUACCACUUGAAAAAUAUUUUAUUGGUGAAGACUGAAAAGGAUAGGGAGGAGGCAAUGGAUCCCGGUAGUGUUGGUUUCAACACUGGUGAACCUCAAAUACAACUCUAUUUUCUACUAGGCCUUGUUUACGCUGUGGUGACACCAUUUCUACUUCCUUACAUAUUGGUUUUCUUUGGCUUCGCAUAUCUCGUGUAUCGUCAUCAGAUCAUAAACGUCUACAACCAAGAGUAUGAAAGUGGGGCAGCAUUUUGGCCAGAUGUCCAUGGACGUAUUAUAGCUGCAUUGGUCAUCUCGCAACUGCUUCUAAUGGGAUUGUUGAGUACAAAACAUGCUGCACAGUCAACACCAUUUCUCAUUGCCCUUCCAGUGCUGACCUUAUCAUUCCAUAAGUUCUGCAAAGGCCGUUAUGAACCUGUAUUUGUCAAAUGCCCAUUGCAGGAAGCCAUGAUGAAAGAUACCCGGGAACGCGUCAAGGAACCAAACCUCAAUCUGAAAGGCUACCUUCACAAUGCUUAUAUCCACCCUAUUUUCAAAGGUGACGAUGAGGAUGAAGAUGACGACGAAGUCGAUGGAAAAUGGGGGAAGAACGAGGAAGUGCUAGUGCCGACGAAGCGCCAGUCUCGCAGAAACACGCCUGUCCCGAGCAAAAUUAGUAGUGCCUCAUCGCCAUCUCUGCAGGAGGUUGUUCAGAAAGAACAUCCGCAGCCAUAAGGUCUGGUGGAAAUUCAUGAGAGUCCCCACUUUGUACAUUGGCGCCUUGCACUGUUGAAAGCAGUGGGGGAUCGUUAUGUAAAUUAGAAAACAAAAAUAGCUUAUUUUGUCGUGUUUAUGUAUACAUACAUACAUACAUAUAUAUAUGCAGGGAGAGAGAGAGAUUUUAUGUCAUGAGAAUUUUAUGACCUGUUAAUUUAGAACGAUAAAUAUUGUUCGGUCUUUAAUGCUUUGUUUGGAA